AUGGACUUCCACGUCCUCUUGGGCUUGCUUCUCCUCGCCUUUAUCGCGCGUAUCGACGCAAAUGCCCCAGUGAGAGGGUCCACAGUACUCGAGUCCGACUUUUCCAGCUGGCUAAUGGGGUCCGUCCUGCAAGCGACUGGCAUCUCCGCGAUGAGGUCCUUAAGAGAUAUCGUCGGCGGCGGCGAUGACGAGAGAGCGGGAGGGAACCUACUAUCAUCCAUUCCGCUGCUCGAAAAGGUCAAGGCCGCGCUCACGACUUACAACAUCAGCCACAAGAAGCUUGGCAAAUGGCUCGAUAAGGGAAAAUCUGCUGAUAUUGCUUUCGUUCGCAUGAGUCUCACCCCGGUUAAGGAGGGGUUAUUCCAUAGUCCCCGGCUCGCUAAGUGGCUUUAUUACGUGGAUGAGUUGAAUGCCAGAACUCCUGGAAAGGGAACGCCCGCGAUCUCGACACUGAUCAAGCACUACGGCAACGCCAAACUAUUCGACAUGAUUAAAUUUGCCAAGCAAUCUGCCAAUGCAGAGACAGAGGCACUGGCCGUGAGACUACAAAGUGAGCAAUUGCAGCGCUGGUUGGCUGCUGUGAAAAAGCCCGAUGAGACGUUUCAUAUUAUGAAGCUAAAUGUGCGAUGGUACAAAUGA